GGGGGGGGGGGAAGAAGAAGAAAAAGACCUUCACUGUGAAUUGAUCAAGUAAUACGCUUGCAAGGAAUUAGUAAGAAGUCCACUAUGUUUUACUUGUGACAGUAAUCUAAGCGAAUAUGUCGCCCACGGAGACAGCCUAAUUGACCGUUACGCGCGCCACUUGAGGAAACGACGCCGUCGUUGUCUAUUCUGCGUCUGUUCCUGCCGACACUUGUUAGUUGUUACCCGAGCCCACAGGCUUGUUUCCCGACACGACCGUUUUUUAUCAAAAUUUCUUUUCCCCUUCCUUCCCUAAAUAAAAUUCCUUUUGCCUUUCGCCCAACAGAAUAGCGUAGCACCACUGAACUAUAUUAUAGAAUUCUACCCCCCAACCUAGAGAAUUUCACAAUGAUGCACGCCAAGUCCGAUUCCGACGUGACCAGUCUAGAUCCAUCGUCGCCGAGGUCCCCAAAACGUGCUGUAUACUACGUGCAGAGCCCCUCCGGGGAUUCCCACGAUGGCGACAAAUCUUUGUCCAUGCAACCCACUCCGGUCUCCAAUAGCCCCAUGGAGAGCCCCUCCCACCCCUCCUACGGCCGCCACUCCCGCGCCUCCUCCGCCAGCCGAUUCUCUGGAAAUUUCCGCUUCGGUGAUGGGCGUAAGGCCGGUCGGAAGCGAAACGACAAGGCGUGGCCCGAGUGCGACGUGAUCCAGGAGGAAGGGAACUACGACGAGUUCUAUGGGAUUCGUAGAGGGUUUUCCAGACGUUGCCAGGCUAUGAUUGCCGUGUUUGGGUUCUUCGCGAUUUUCAGCGUGUUUUGUCUGAUCCUUUGGGGUGCCAGUCGCCCUUACAAAGCUAGCGUCAGUGUCAAGAGCUUGACUGUGCAUAAUUUCUAUUUUGGGGAAGGAUCGGACUCAACGGGAGUCCCGACCAAGAUGCUGACAGUAAAUUGUUCAGUGAAGAUGAGUGUUUACAACCCAGCUACAUUUUUUGGCAUUCAUGUCAGCUCCGCGCCUGUCAAACUUAUGUAUUCAGAAAUUGCAGUAGCUACUGGGCAGUUGAGAAAAUAUUAUCAACCAAGAAAGAGCCACCGGACACUGGCUGUGAACCUCCAAGGAAACAAGGUUCCUCUAUAUGGGGCUGGGGGGAGCUUGGCUUUGUCUGAAAACAAUGGAGAAGUUCCAAUGCUGCUAGACUUUGAAGUGAAAUCACGAGGGAAUGUGGUGGGAAGAUUGGUGAGGUCAAAGCAUCGCAGGCAUGUAAGUUGUUCCUUACUUAUCGAUUCUCAUAACAACAAACCCACCAAACUGAAAGAAAAUUCGUGUACAUAUGAUUGAGUUGUUUUGAGGUUUUGUUGGAAGCUGUACAAACUACAAACAGCUCUGAAGGUGUAGUUUUAUUUCAUUGAUUUUGUUGCUCCUAACCCAGAGAAGAAAACGCCUAAGUUUCUAUGUAAUGUAGUAAUAGCCAAAAUGAUAAUUUGGCCCUUCCCCCUGCCAUUAAGGCAGGAUAUAUGUGAUAAUAUUGGUUUGAAAAAUAGCCAAGCGACAAAAAAAGACCCUAUUUUGAAAAGGUCGCAGUUGUUUAUGAAGAUCAGCUUAUUAUGCUAA